GAUUUCUCAUCGUUGCCGGGACCUGACAAGACUUGGCGUCAGCAUCUGUGUGCCCUCCGGUCGCUGUAUUUGGCUGGAACUUGCAGGCGCAGGUUUUCUCUGGCUUCUUGCUGGUGUUGCAAGCCAGGAGCAAUGGCCGUGGCAGGGACACGAGCACUGUGGGCCAGCUGAGGCUAGCAGUCCCCAUGCCACCUGUCUCCCGGGAAUCCACUGCUCUCAGUACCAGCUUUGUCCCUAAAGCCCACUCUCUCCUUCCUGUCCCAGAGGCCUAAAUCUACCCCUCCGGCACCUUUCACAAGCAUUAGGCCAUUUCAGCCUCAACCCCACGGAGAAGACAGGGUAGGUGUUUUUAUCCCUAUUUUACAAAAGAAGGCAAGAGACAACAGAGGUUUGCUAAGUGCCCUGGAGCCGGUGAGCUAAGUGGCAAAGUGAGCACAAGAACCAGGGUUUCUGUUAUUCUGGCUCCAGAUCUCUGACCUCUUUGCCUCCUGAAUCCUCUGCUGUUUGGGACUUGGGUCUCCUUACGUGGAGCCUGCGUUCAAGUGGUUUUCCCUGGAAAGAUUCAUUUCAGCUGUGGUACGCUUGUGUUAUGGAGACUACCGGGUAUCUGCUGAGAAAGCCCAGAAGAUCAAACAACUGCCUUAGAGAUCGAGAGGCCCAAAUGCUUAGUUUCGCAGAUGUGAGCAUUCAGGCCCAGAGGAGUUAAGCCACUUGCCCAAGGUCACACAGCUAGUUCUCAGUAAGACCAGUUGUGCGGAUUCCAAGUCCCGUGUCCCUUGCUUUGCGGCAGGCCCAUGAGCCAGCUCUGUAGGGCCCUAGGUUCUAUGUCACAGGGAGGGAAGUAGAAACUGCAGGGACAGCAGGAAGCAGUUGGUUUGUGUCGGUCACAGCUGCUCACUGGGGCUGCGCCUGCCCCUUGCUCCUUCACCCCGUCUUUCUGUCUUCCCAGCCCUGAGCCAGCAGCCUUGUCUGCCUCUUGGCUGGAGGGCCUGGGUUUGCGAGCCAGAGGCUCUCCUCUGUUCAUUGUAAGGAGGCAGAAGGGGUCCUUCCCACCCUGGGCUAAAGCUUGCGAGGGUGGGCUGGACAGAAGGGACUCCAACGGGGUGGGAGGGGGAGAUUUUGAGUGGGAGCAGCGGAACUGGAUUAAUUCUGCAGGUCAAGAGACUGGGAAAUAAAUCAUAUUUUAGAAAGACUUUCCUUUUAAAAAGACAGGCUUGUUUCUGGUCUGCUUCCCAUUUUCCUUUGGGAAGAGAGAUGGGAAGGCCUGCUUAUGGGGGAGGGUGAAAGGGACAGGCAUGAACUUGGGUUGUAUGACCUCGGGUUGUCUGCCCGCAGGCCGAGUCCAGCCCACCUUGGGGUUUUGUAAGUAAAGUUUUAUUGGAACAAAGCCCACCUAUUCUUUUACAUAUGAUCUGGGGCUGCUUUUGCACUGCAAGGAUAGAGUUGAGCAAUCUCAACAGAGACCACGUGGCUCCCAAAGCCUAACAUAUUUACUCUGUGGUUCUGUAAAGACCCCUGCUCUAGCAGAACAGGGCUUCUUGGGUUCUCUGGGACCAGGCAAAAUGCCUUCCCUUGGCUCACUGAAAGAGGUCUCCUUAGGGAGAACCCAAAAGGAAGGUAUACAAAGUGGUAGAGCAAGCCGAGGGGGAGAAAGACGUGGAUGACCUCCCAGCUGAGUCAGCGCAGGCUAUGUAGGGUCAGACGGGACUGGCAGGGGCCCGGCAUGGCCUUGCUGGGGGGCAGCCCAUGUGGCCACAUCUCUGGGGCACAACAGUAGGGAGUUGGAACCUCAGCAAGGUGUGGGCCCCAGGCAGCGAAGCCCCACAUUCUGAACUCAGACCUCCUUGACCACACCAGCUUAAAGCCUUGGAGGUCCUAGGUGUGUCUCCCUCAUCUCAGCCCUGGGCCCUCGAGGCUACCCAAGGAGGAUGCUGACCCCCUAGGCCUGGGGAGAGACUCUGGUGACAUCCCCAGGAGUCCCUCUGCCUCCGAUUCCUGGUGACCUGGUCUUUGAGGGUGACUGUGGGCAAGGAUCUCUGACCGGUUCCAGCUUUCUUGGUGCAUGCAGUAUCAAGCACCGUCCAGCUCCCAUCCUGGCAGCCCCAGGCGCGUGAGUUUUCUGGAGCCCCCAGAGCUCACUGAACCCAGGGAGCCAGGCUCAUGCUAACCACGCUCAUGGGAGAGAUCGUCAGUGGCCGCUAACCGUUAAUGAGCGCUGACUACGUAGUAGGGACAGUGCUGGGCACUAUUAUGUAUUAUCUCAUUUAAUCAUCACAGAGUCUCAGAAGGUAAAUUCGGAAACAGGCUCAGAGAGGUUAGGUUGCUUCCUCAAAGGGGCAGAAUCUAGAUUCAAACCCAAGCAGUCUGACUCCUGAGGCCUUACCAAGCCUCUCCACCAGAGCCCCACUCUUCUGGCUUACAGACAGAACCGGCAGGGCCAGGGUCUACACGGGGAGCUGGCCUGCAAUGGGGAAGUGGCUUGCCCAGCAAGGGAGAGAGUUAGGUCCUGUAAAUAAAUGGUGAGUGGCAUCAAGCUCCGAUCGCCAGUGUCCCCGGAAGAGAUGGACAGUAUACUAGCUGUGUGACCUGGGGCAUGUUACUUAACCUCUCUGGUUCAGCUUCUUCAUCUGCAAAGUCAAGGAAAUUAUAGUACCUAUCAUUGUAGGUUUGUUAUAUUAUAUGAGUUACUAUGUGUAAAGUGCUUGGCAGAGAGUAAAUGCUGUGUAAAUGUUUGCUGCUGUUUAUCGGUACUGUCUGUGAAUGGGCCAGGCCGCUGUCCCGGCCAGCACCGGGUGGGUGGUACAAGGGUUUGUCUCCCAGACGUACAGCUCAGCACUUCCUGUAAUUGUCCCCAUUGCAGCCAGUGCUCCGCUCCUUUGGAGGUGCUGAGCAGCCCGGCAGAGAAAGCAGCAGACUUGGGAUGCCGCCAGACUGGUUCCAUUUGUGGCUCAUGCGAGCCUGAGCCAGUUACUUCCCUAUCUGAAAGAUUCCACCCCUGUACAAUGGGGCUAAAGAUGUGUACCUAUACGUAGACUUUGUCAGUGCUCUCUGUAUCAUGACUUCUCAUAUUCUAGAAUGUUCAUACCAUUGAUGAGAGCAAGAGCUUUCUGCCUCAUUAUAAUGUUGAUGGUAUCACAUCCCGUAAUCAUGUGUUCUUUGCGGUGCUUUGAUUUUGCUCUCCUCCCUCUUAGCAGGAGGACAACUUUUAACCCCAUUUCACAGGUGGGGAAAUUGAGGCCCAGAUUGGACACCACCAUCUGAGCUUGGAAUAGAGCCCUCAUCUCUUCUGUCACUGAAGGUCCCUGUCCUUCUGGGUUGGGGUUGGGGAGUGAGACUCUGCAGUCAUGUCCUUCCUUCCAUUCUGCCAGGGCCCGUCUGUCUUUCUCAGUGGGUGGGGCUGUGGCGGAGGCUGGACGGGACAUGAGGGCCAGUGGAUGUGGUGCCCAAGACCUGGACACUGGCCUUGGCUGCUCCAACCCAGACAUUCGAGGUUCCGAGUCCAGGCCACUGGGCCUGCUGGCUUUUGGAACCGCCAGGCCCUGUGGGGCCAGCCACCCACAUGGCCAGAGAGGAGGGGCCGGGCUGCCUUUUGCAGGCCAUGAUAACCCACAGGCCCCGUUCCAAGGCGGGGGUUGUGCAGGAGUCUCUGUGCUCCAGAGGAUUCCUGCGUUUCGGCAGACACCUCAUUAUCCCUGUCCCAGCCCGCUGUGUCCCAGUGCCUCUGUAAUCAUAUAGGCCCACGCCCAUCAGCCAGCCCAGGGCCAGGAAAUCACUCCCCUCCCGUCCUCCGCCUUCCGCCCGUGGCUGGCCUAACGCGGCGCCUGCAGCCACUCGCUGUGGACCUCCUGCCUGCCUAACCGUCUCUCUCCUCUGUUCUCCUGCUGCUGCUGCCUGCUCUCGGGGCACUCGGAAGUGUGGCUCUCCAGCUGGGCUGAGUCUCCCAAGAAGGACGUGACAGGUGCGGACACCAACGCCGAGCCCAUGAUCCUGGAACAGUACGUGGUGGUGUCCAACUAUAAGAAGCAGGAGAACUCGGAGCUGAGCCUCCAGGCCGGGGAGGUGGUGGAUGUCAUCGAGAAGAACGAAAGCGGCUGGUGGUUCGUGAGCACCUCUGAGGAGCAGGGCUGGGUCCCUGCCACCUACCUGGAGGCCCAGAAUGGCACUCGGGACGACUCAGACAUCAACACCUCCAAGACUGGGGAAGUGUCCAAGAGACGCAAGGCCCAUCUGCGGCGCCUGGAUCGCCGGUGGACCCUGGGCGGGAUGGUCAACAGGCAGCACAGCCGAGAGGAGAAGUACGUCACUGUGCAGCCAUACACCAGCCAGAGCAAGGACGAGAUUGGCUUUGAGAAGGGCGUCACCGUGGAGGUGAUCCGGAAGAACCUGGAGGGCUGGUGGUACAUCAGGUACCUCGGCAAAGAGGGCUGGGCCCCAGCAUCCUACCUGAAGAAGGCCAAGGAUGACCUGCCAGCCCGGAAGAAGAACCUGGCAGGCCCCGUGGAGAUCAUCGGGAACAUCAUGGAGAUCAGCAACCUGCUGAACAAGAAGGCGUCUGGGGACAAGGAGACCCCCCCGGCUGAAGGCGAGGGCCAUGAGGUGCCCAUUGCCAAGAAGGAGAUCAGCCUGCCCAUCCUCUGCAACGCCUCCAACGGCAGCGCCCUGGGUGUCCCUGAGAGGACCGUGUCCAGGCUGGCCCAGGGCUCUCCAGCCGUGGCCAGGAUUGCCCCUCAGAGGGCCCAGAUCAGCUCCCCAAACCUAAGGACGAGGCCUCCACCACGCAGAGAAUCCAGCUUGGGCUUCCAGCUGCCGAAACCACCAGAGCCCCCUUCUGUCGAGGUGGAGUACUACACCAUUGCCGAGUUCCAGUCCUGCAUUUCCGAUGGCAUCAGCUUUCGGGGUGGGCAGAAGGCAGAGGUCAUCGAUAAGAACUCAGGCGGCUGGUGGUACGUGCAGAUCGGUGAGAAGGAGGGCUGGGCGCCCGCGUCUUACAUUGAUAAGCGCAAGAAGCCCAACCUGAGCCGCCGCACGAGCACCCUGACCCGGCCCAAGGUGCCGCCUCCAGCGCCCCCCAGCAAGCCCAAGGAGGCCGAGGAGAGCCCUGCGGGUGCUGGCGAGAGCCAGGACUCCCCGCGGAAACUCAAGUACGAGGAGCCUGAGUAUGACAUCCCGGCGUUUGGCUUCGACUCGGAGGCAGAGCUGAGCGAGGAACCCGCGGAGGACAAGGCCUCGGGGGACCGGCGGCUGGCCCAGCCCCACAGGCCCUCGCCGGCCUCCUCGCUGCAGCGGGCCCGCUUCAAGGUGGGCGAGUCUUCAGAGGACGUGGCCCUGGAAGAGGAGACGAUCUAUGAGAACGAGGGCUUCCGGCCGUGUGCAGAGGACACCCUGUCAGCCAGGGGCUCCUCAGGGGACAGUGACUCCCCAGGGGGCUCCUCGCUGUCCCUCACCAGGAAAAACUCCCCCAAGUCGGGCUCGCCCAAGUCGUCGUCGCUCCUGAAGCUGAAGGCAGAGAAGAACGCCCAGGCAGAACUGGGGAAGAACCACUCCUCAGCCUCCUUCUCCUCCUCCAUCACCAUAAACACCACCUGCUCCUCCUCCUCUUCCUCCUCCUCCUCCUUGUCCAAGAACAGUGGCGACCUGAAGCCCCGCUCGGCCUCGGACGCAGGCAUCCGUGGCACUCCCAAGGUGGGGGCCAAGAGGGACGCUGACGUGAAGGCCGGGCUGACCUGUACCCGGGCCAAGCCAUCAGUCCGGCCCAAGCCGUUCCUGAACCGGGCCGAGUCACAGAGCCAAGAGAAGAUGGACAUCAGCACUUUACGGCGCCAGCUGAGGCCCACGGGCCAGCUCCGAGGAGGCCUCAGGGGCUCUAAGAGUGAGGACUCGGAGCUGCCCCCGCAGACAGCCUCCGAGGGUCCCGAUGAGGGGCCUAGGAGAGGCUCGGCCGACCUCAUCACCCCCCGGGCCGCCACUCCCCCAUGUCCCGCCAAGAAGGAAGGGGACGGGCAGGCCACCUCCUACAUGACGUGCAGCGCCUACCAGAAGGUCCAGGACUCGGAGAUCAGCUUCCCCGCAGGUGUGGAGGUGCAGGUGCUCGAGAAGCUGGAGAGCGGGUGGUGGUACGUGAGGUUCGGGGAGUUGGAGGGCUGGGCCCCCUCCCACUAUUUGGUGCUUGGCGAGAACGAGCAGCCCGACCCCGCUGGCAAGGAGCCGGACACGGGGACCCCCAAGAGCAAGCAGAAUGAGGGCAAGUCCGACAGCCUGGAGAAGGUGGAGAGGCGCGUCCAAGCCCUGAACACGGUCAACCAGAGCAAGCGGGCCACGCCACCCAUCCCCUCCAAGCCGCCCGGGGGCUUCGGCAAGACGGCAGGCGCUGCUGCGGUGAAGAUGAGAAAUGGCGUGCGGCAGGUGGCCGUCAGGCCCCAGUCGGUGUUUGUGUCCCCACCACCCAAGGACAACAACCUGUCCUGCGCCCUGCGGAGGAACGAGUCGCUCACGGCCACCGACGGCCUCCGAGGUGUCCGCCGGAACUCCUCCUUCAGCACUGCUCGCUCCGCGGCCGCCGAGGCCAAGGGCCGCCUGGCCGAACGGGCUGCCAGCCAGGGCUCGGACUCCCCCCUGCUGCCCACCCAGCGUAACGGCAUCCCCGUGUCCCCCGUGCGCCCCAAGCCCAUCGAGAAGUCCCAGUUCAUCCACAACAACCUCAAAGACAUGUACAUCUCCAUCGCGGACUACGAGGGCGAUGAGGAGACGGCGGGCUUCCAGGAAGGGGUGUCCAUGGAGGUUCUGGAGAGGAACCCCAAUGGCUGGUGGUACUGCCAGAUCCUGGAUGGCGUGAAGCCCUUCAAAGGCUGGGUGCCCUCCAACUACCUUGAGAAGAAGAACUGACGGGGGGCAUGGCGUCCUUCCAGCCUCGGUAUGCCACCACAGCCGCCACUGGUUGAGCGGCGAGAUGAAGACAGAGGGGAAAGGAAAGACGGGAGGGAUCGGGGGCGGACAACACAGAUCCCUACAGAAUGUGUGACCUCCGAAAUGCCUCCUCCAGGCUGUCCCCCAGCUGGGAGGUGGGGAUGGCGAGGACCCACAUUGAGUAGGGAACGGAAUGGGCCAGGGAGUCCCGCGGGCCUGGGACCCAGAGCUGAGAAAGCUGAGACCCAAAGUGCACCUUGGUGACUUUGCUGAUAGACUGUGUGCCAUUUGGGACGGGCCGCGUGGGAAUCCCCAGUUGUGCCUUUGCUGCAAAUCUGGAAGAGACGUCAUAGGGGGCCUACAGGGCUCUGUCCCUGCGUGGCCCAGUUUUGGUUGCUGGCAUCUUGCCACAGGAGGUAACCCUUGUACCGUCCUAAUCUGUAUUUGUGAACUGUGCUGGUUUCCCAGGGACUGCCACUGCCUGCCACAGGUGGUGCGUUAGAAGACACCACUGGCUUUGGGGCUUGGAGGUGUCUCAUGGGAGCUCGAGGCUGAUCCUGGGCCAGGCUAUUGUCCAUGUCUGUUAGUUAAAGAAAAAGCAGUUCCCGGUUGCCAGCAAGGACCACCUUUCAUAGCUGUCACUGUCCUGGCCUUGAGAAGACAGCGCCCCUCCUCAGGGCACCCGGCGGCGGAGGACACAGUCAGUACUAGAGUUUAUGGAGGGUGGGUGAAGCCGUCAAUCUCCUCAUAAUCUGCACAGACUCAUGGAUAUUCUGGGUGGGCGUUUCCUUUGCAUGUUUUGGGAGAAGUUUAUUGAUUUGGGGGUUAUGUCAGGGCUUGGAUUUUGGUCUUAUUUUCGGGGUGGUUUAGAGGCCCAAGGAUGUUCGGCCUCCUAUGGGCAAGGGCAGGGUGGUAGACGAGCUUUUCUGUUGUACUCUAGUGGGAGGGCCGUUUGGCUUUUGUUUUUGUUUCACAUUCUUCCCCCUCCACAGGCCAAAGUAGUUGCGUUUGGUUUCCACUGUGUGGACAGUGCCCGAGUGCGGCACUUACCAGAAGGAUCUGGGGCCGCCUGAGCCCCAGGUCACAGACAUGGCGAAGCAGAGAAACUAUUCUUCUGGUUCCUGCCAAACUUCAGUGGGGGGAGCACAAAAUCCCUCCCCAGGAAAGAGGAGGAUGUCAUUCAGGAGCCAGACUCGGGGAGAGGAGGCAGCUCCGGGCUGCUGGGUGACCGCCGUCCUGCACACAUUCUCCGUGUGGGGCCGGCCACAGCCUUACUUACGUAUGGACUGUGGAGCAGCAGCCAUUGCCUCACCCUGGGCUGAGGGGACCCCAGCUGGGCCCCUGGACCAGACUGGAGCCAACACCACCAGCUGCCCCUGUGGCCCACUGGCAACACCGCAGGUGCCCAAGAAGAUGGAGGAUCCUCACACCAGGAGCCACCCUGGUUUUCCCGAGGGGCAGGGCCCCAGUGAAGAGAGAAGCGAGAGAAUAAAGUUCCCUGUAGGUCCUGUGUCACCUUUGGGUUUUUCAAUUGCUGAUAUUUCAAAGGGGACCCUCCAGAAGCCCAGCGGCUUCCCAAGGACUCCCCUUUGCUGGGAGUGGAUUUCCACACGUGCCUUUGAUUUUGGACGGAUCAGGCUUCACGAAGGCCGUGGAUUCAGCUGCCGGGAUCCUGGCCCAAGGGGUGGUGUUUUCCAUAGGGAAGGAAAGGCCACCCCCCGCUGUCACCCAGGCGGGCGGCACGGGACCUCGCGUCUCGGUGGGUCAAGACCCCCACACCCAAGGCCGUGCCUGGGCGCCCCCAGCCCUCGCCCCGCCACACACCGAUGCAGCUGUAGCAAACCGCGCGUGUUCGUUGUUGAAGGGCCGUGGUGAGAUUGUUUUGUUUCCUUUUGUUUUGUUGGUGAGUUUGUUUAAAACUGAAAUUAGUUAUUUUCUUCUGCUGGACAGUAUUAAAUAGAGCAGAAUGUUGAGUUAAUCUGCUAGACUGCAGUACUAAUGGUAGUGGGUUAGUGUCUUCCUAUUAAUAUUAUUUGUACUUAUUUGAACAAUAAUGAUAAAGAAGUGGUUCAUUAUUUUUAAUUAAUGCACUUUAAAUGAGGUAGAAUGGGAAAAAAACCCAGAGAGCAAAGUGCAUUACUUAAAGAUGCAGUAUAUACUUUUCUCAUUUUUAAACAGCACAUAUUUAUUAAGAGAAAAAAGUAAUUUAUGAUUAUUUAAAAUAAAAUUUAAAAAUAGAGUGACUGUCAGGUUAAAGGACCUUCCACGUCGCUGUCUUCCAGGGGGAGGGCCCCAUGGCCUCGCUCCUCAGAUGUCUGCACUGAGCCAGUUCAGUCACUCGUGCGCCGGCCAGGCCAGGGGGGCGUGCAGAGCAUGUCUGCCAAGCACAGAGCAUCUCAGUUGGACCGGACCACCGUGCUCUCCGGAGCCUGCCCUUCCUGCCCCUCCCCACUGUCUGUACUGCCACCCCCUUUCCCUGAUCCUCAGUGCUCUAAGUGAUAGAAUCAUCAAAAGGCAGGACUGGAAGAGACCUGAGAGGUAGCUCCAUCCCAUUUCUUCCUGCUGCUGUAGCCCAAGGACAGGAAAUGACUUUUCCAAAAUCACAGAGCUAGUUAAUGGCAGAUCUCCCCACUUCAGUCCUGUGCUCCUCCCACCCCCAUUAUAGUUUAUUGUGUGGUGAUCAUGUUUACAUUGAGACAUCCAGCCCCAAGGAUGGCUGGGAGUUGUUCAGGCAUCCAGGAAAAAUGGGGAAUGCUGCCACCUGGUGACAGCACGUAUGUUUGGGCAGUGAACAGGAUUGCCAUGUCCCAGUUCUUCACACUUCGUCCCCACGCUAUCACCCCCCCAACUCACAGCACAGCACAAAUCCUGCAAGCCCAAAGAGAAUAUUAAUACUUGAACCAAGAAGGGUGCAUGCCAGUCCUUCUCAGACAUGGCCAGGGGAUGCCAGGCCUUGUGCCCCUGAACUCCUAGCCCUCCCCAGGGCGAGGGCCUUUCCCUAGAGCUACUGAGCUGCUUUGUGAUGUUGGAGGGUACUGCUGGCAGCAGGCAGAGGAGGGAGGGGGCCUGUGGCUCUGACCCAUCUGGAGGAAAAACAGAUCGGACUAAAAAA